AUGGAGCGACAGGGAGUGGACAUGCCCCACGUAGAGUUCAAGGACCAGGAGCCACAGCUGCAGGGAGAGAACCAGGAACAGCAGCAGGGUGAGGAGACCCGCGAUGAGGAGGCUUGUCAAGGGCCAGCUAGUGCCAACCGCCAGCUGAUGAUGCUGGAAGGAAAGUCAGGAUCCUGCUUUUCCUCUCUGGACUCGAGCAUUGACAUCCUGAAGAAGAGGGCCCAGGAGCUGAUCGAAAACAUCAACGAGAGCAGGCAGAAGGACCAUGCCCUCAUGACCAACUUCAGAGACAGCCUCAAGAUCAAGGUUUCAGACCUGACAGAGAAGCUCGAGGAGAGGAUGUAUCAGAUUUAUAAUCACCACAACAAGAUCAUCCAGGAAAAGCUCCAAGAGUUUACCCAAAAGAUGGCAAAGAUCAGUCACCUGGAAACAGAGCUCAAACAAGUGUGCCACACCGUGGAGACCGUGUACAAAGACCUGUGUGUCCAGCCUGAGGCUACUACUCUGGAAGAACAGAUUCACAAAGAUGGCGAAUGCUGACAGCUACCAGGAGAGUCACUCUUAGUGACAGCCACCAAGGAAGGCCACCGUUUGGGCCACGCUGAGAAAAUUGUUUUUCAGAGUUCUGCAAUGCUUCUUUGGCAAAA